AUGCUUGCAGCUCUGGUGUUCCUGUUCCAAACGGCGUUGAUGCUGAUCGUCGGCUUGCUGCAGUUGAUGUGUCUGGGCAAGAUCUUGUUAUUUCCCGAGUAUGUCGACCGCCAAUGGGCACCAACGUUGGUGGUGCUGAUCAUAGUGUGCCAAUUCUUACUCUUCCCUACCACCCUCGUCCUCAACAUCAGCUGUUUUCGCCUUGACCCGGCCAAGGAUUACUCGUUCUUAUUGGUUUAUCAGAGGUUCAUCUGUGAAACCAGGCUUCUCAUGUAUGCGUCCUACACAGUCGUUUGCUGCGGAAUAUGCUCGCUGAUCAAUCUGGGAAUCCUGAAUUCAGGAUUCAGACUUUUUGCAACGUGGAAACGGGACCCGAGUCUACAGUACGUCUCGAAACCAUACCUCGUCUACCUACCCUUGGUCCUCGGGCUGCCAUCUUGCUAUUUCGGCUUGGUGUUGUCGACUUCUAGUCUGAACUUCCCUACUGAGCGCUUCGGCGGCAUCACCCGUGCAACCAUCGCCUACGUUUCUGUUGGAGCAAUAAUCUACGCAACAGUCUCGGUCCUGGGAGCGAUCCUUCUUGUGCUGCGAAAAGAACCGCGCAACGGGCUGUGCAAAUACCUCUUUCGCGCCGCCUUCUUCACGCUACUUUGGGUGGUGAACGUUUCCGCAUAUGUGUUCGUGUACCACGUGACCAACUGGGUGUCGCCGGCCUAUUGGCGCUACGUCCCUCUAUUUUAUUUGAUCAUCGAUGUGGUGGCGACAAUCUGCCCGCUGGCCAUCUAUUUCCUCGCCAAACCGUUUUGCCGGCAAUCUUAUCGUAUUUAUAAAGAAACCGCCAGAAUGAGGGUGAUGUUUGGAAUGCCCGAAUACAAUACCCCAGCCGACUCACUCUCCCUAACGAACCCAUUCAAGAAAGUGCUCUAUCUACCGACUUCUGGGGAGGAAGCCGUAGAGCUUGUCUUCAUUUUGCAAACGAUAUUGAUGCUGGUCGUCGCCGCCCUACAAUUGAUUUGUGUCGGAAAGAUACUUUUGAUUCCUGAAUAUGUCGAUCACCAAUGGGCGCCGACACUGGUUUUUGUGAUUAUUGCGUGUCAGGCAAUGUUGCUACCUACUACACUAUUUCUAAACAUCAGCUGUUUUCGCUUUGAUGAGACAAGCGCUUUCCCAGUUUUAUUGCGAUACCAGACCUGGGUAUGCGAGACACGGCUACUUAUGUUCACCGCCUACGCAUUUGUCUGUUUUGGCAUAUGCUCGCUGUUAAACCUGAGCAUUCAAAAUUCGAUACUCAAGGUUAUUGCAAUGUGGAAGCGUAAGCCUUGUUUACAGUACGUGUCACAUCCAUACCUCGUCUACCUCAUCACCACUAUCCUAUUGCCGAUUUCUUAUUUUGUAAUUGUGUUGAGCAUCUCAAAGCCGCUCUAUCCUAAGGAGGUCUUUGUCUACAACGUGGCCGACUGGGUCUCGCCGGCAUAUUGGCGUUACGUACCGCUAUUUUACCUGGUCGUCCAAGUCGUGGCCGCAAUAGUACUCCGUACACUUACGGAUUCCACUUAUAUCCACCCGCAAGCCGCCCAUAUCAUGGUCAUUUGCACAUCGGCGUGCGCCCUGAUGCUCAUCCCAACGACGUUGAUCCUCAACAUUUGCGCAUAUCAAUUUGGACCCGGAGAUCUUGGUUUACUACUGAAAUUUCAGGAGCUCAUCCACGAUAACCGAGGCCUCCGUAUCUAUGCCCUAGCUACCGUAACCCUUGGUCUGUCGGCCAUUAAUUGUCAUGCGCGCUUCUACCCAUUGCUACACUCAUACUUCCAGCACCUCAAAAACCCAUACCGUGCCCACAUUGCCGUAUCGUUUGGUAUUCCAUUUCUAUACCUAUUUGCCGUUACGCAACAAAUUCCGGAGGACGAGGAAAUAUUCCUGAGCUAUCGCUACUUGCUUGGAAAGUCCCUGCUUUUCUUGAAUGCCUGUAUAGUCGUCUAUACAGUUUUGAGCAUCAUUGGAGCCACCAUGAUCGUGGGCCAAAAACAGCCGAAAAGCGAAGUCGUCACCUAUUUUCUGCGGUUUUUCGGGGUGACCAGUCUUUUUGGGAUCAGUAUCAUGGCUUAUUACUUCGCCUACGGUAUGCUAGACCAGUGGUGGCCGGGUGGAUAUUCGAGAUGGGCGCCACUCUUCUGCCUCUACGUCGACGCCUGGACCGCUACAGUACCCGGAUUCGUAUUCCUCCUCGUCAAACCCCUCGGCCGCCUCAACACACAGCCAACUCCUACUAAUUCGGCCAACAAUUCCCAGGCGAGAACGAGCACCUCAAGUGUUAGUAAUAAAGUG